AUGGCCGACUUUCCCUCUGGCUACUGCUCGAUCGAGAGGUUUGGAGAGGCCGUAAGCCAGAUCCUCAGUUGCGCGACUUGUCACUUGGGGCUCAUUCCGGUUGAGCAGCGCCUGACUCGAACCGAGGCAAGAAAAGUCGUGAGGUCCUCCAGCUCGAAGGAGUCUCUUUGCCGGCCAAAGAAAAGCGGGGGUGCCUGCGCAGCAGAUAGCGGUCGCCGCAGGUGGCGCCGCGAGGUCUCCGCCAAGGUCAGAAGACAGGAUCACGCCAAGACUCAGUCUACAGAUCGAAAUGAAGUCUUCAAGGCCGUACCACACGGUGUUGAAGUGUCCGAAUGCUAUUUCACGGUGUAA